GUAACAUCAGAAACAGGAUGUCAAUUUCCAUGAACAAAGGUGCCGCAGGUGCCGGCGCACGUGGGGAGCAGCUGCACCAGGUGGCGUCAGGGGCGGGGUCAAUGAAGCGCAGCCUGAGGAAGAUUUUGCGCCCUGGCGAGAAGAAGGAGCCCCAGGACCUUGGCUACCAGGGCGUGCAGGUCGACAUGGAUGACUGCAAGGAGUCGCUGAAGGUUGUUUUUGAAGGAAGUGCAUGUGUAUCACAAAACUUUAUCCAGAAACAAAAGAGAUUAAAUGGCAAAGAUGAUACAAAUGCCUCCCCUUUGCACCAUGCUGCAGCUGAAGGUCAAGUUGAGCUGAUGAACAUGAUCAUCAAUGAUUCCUCUUGUGAAGUGCUGAAUGUAAUGGACGAUUACGGGAACACCCCUCUGCACUGGGCUGCGGAAAAAAACCAGGUUGAAAGUGUUAAGUUUCUUCUCAGCAAAGGAGCAAACCCAAACCUUCGAAACAGCACCAUGAUGGCGGCCCUGCACGUGGCAGUGCAGGCCGUGCACAACGAGGUGGUCAAGGUCCUGACUGAGCAUAGCAGUACUAAUGUUAAUUUGGAAGGAGAAAACGGAAACACAGCUGUGCUAAUGGCAUGCACCAAAGAUAACAGUGAAGCACUGCAAAUUUUGUUUAAUAAAGGAGCUAAGACAUGUAAACCAAAUAAAUGGGGAUGCUUCCCUGUUCACCAGGCUGCAUUUUCAGGUGCCAAAAAAUGCAUGGAAAUAAUACUGAAGUUUGGUGAAGAAAAUGGAUACAGCCGAAAGUCUCACAUUAACUUUGUGAAUAAUGGGAAAGCCAGCCCGCUCCACAUGGCCGUUCAAAGUGGAGACUUGGAAAUGAUCAAAAUGUGCCUGGACAAUGGUGCACUCAUAGACUUGAUGGAGAACGGGAGGUGUAUGGCCCUUCAUUUUGCUGCCACCCAGGGAGCCACUGAGAUUGUUAAACUGAUGAUAUCAUCCUAUUCUGGUAGCACCGAUAUUGUUAAUGCAGUUGAUGGAAAUCAGGAGACCCUGCUUCACAGAGCCUCAUUAUUUGAUCACCAUGAACUAGCAGACUACUUAAUUUCAGUGGGAGCAGAUAUUAAUAGUAUCGAUUGUGAAGGACGCUCUCCACUUAUAUUAGCAACUGCUUCUGCAUCUUGGAAUAUUGUAAAUUUGCUACUCUCUAAAGGUGCCCGUGUAGACAUAAAAGAUCAUUAUGGGCGUAAUUUUUUGCAUUUGACUGUACAGCAACCUUAUGGAUUAAAAAAUUUGCGACCUGAGUUUAUGCAGAUGCAGCAUAUUAAAGAGCUGGUAAUGGACGAAGACAACGAUGGGUGUACUCCUCUACAUUAUGCAUGUAGAGAGGGGGUCCCUGUCUCUGUAAAUAACCUACUUGACUUUAAUGUGUCCAUUCAUUCCAAAAGCAAAGAUAAGAAAUCACCCCUGCAUUUUGCAGCCAGUUAUGGGCGGAUCAAUACCUGUCAGAGGCUCCUACAAGACAUCAGCGAUACAAGGCUUUUGAAUGAAGGUGAUCUUCACGGAAUGACUCCUCUCCACCUGGCAGCAAAAAACGGACAUGAUAAAGUAGUUCAACUUCUUCUGAAAAAAGGUGCAUUAUUUCUCAGUGACCACAAUGGCUGGACUGCUUUGCACCACGCGGCCAUGGGCGGGUACACCCAGACCAUGAAGGUCAUUCUUGAUACUAAUCUGAAGUGCACAGAUCGGCUAGAUGAAGAAGGGAACACGGCGCUUCACUUUGCUGCCAGGGAAGGCCAGGCCAAAGCCGUCGGGCUGCUUCUGAGCCGCGAUGCUGACAUAGUCCUGAACAAGCAGCAGGCCUCGUUUUUGCACCUCGCGCUCCACAAUAAGCGGAAGGAGGUGGUUCUUACAGCCAUCAGGACCAAAAGAUGGGAUGAAUGUCUUAAAGUUUUUAGUCAUCAUUCUUCAAGCAACAAAUGUCCGAUCACGGAAAUGAUAGAAUACCUUCCUGAAUGCAUGAAAGUUCUUUUAGAUUUCUGCAUGUUGCAUUCCACAGAGGACAAGUCCUGUCUAGACUACCAUAUUGAAUAUAAUUUCAAAUAUCUUCAAUGUCCAUUAGAAUUCACCAAAAAAGGAAGACCUACACAGAAUGUUGUAUACGAGCCUCUUACAGCCCUAAAUGCAAUGGUACAAUAUAACCGCAUAGAGCUUCUCAAUCAUCCUGUGUGUAAAGAAUACUUACUUAUGAAAUGGGUGGCUUAUGGAUUUAGAGCCCAUAUGAUGAACCUAGGAUCUUACUGUCUUGGUCUCAUACCUAUGACUCUUCUUGUUGUCAAUAUAAAGCCAGGAAUGGCUUUCAACUCAACUGGAAUCAUCAAUGAAACUAGCGAUCAUUUGGAAAUAUUAGACACCACGAAUUCAUAUCCAAUAAAAGUUUGUAUGAUUUUAGUGUUUUUAUCAAGUUUAUUUGGGUAUUUCAAAGAAGUGGCCCAGAUUUUCCAACAGAAAAGUAAUUACUUUCGUGAUAUUAAUAAUCUCCUUGAAUGGAUUAUCUACACAACAAGCAUCAUUUUUGUGCUGCCCUUGUUUUCUAACAUACCAGCUUUUAUGCAGUGGCAAUGUGGAGCAAUUGCUAUAUACUUAUACUGGAUGAACUUCUUGUUGUAUCUUCAAAGGUAA